GGAGGUCACUCACUGGCUUCUCUGGCUCAGCAUUCUUUCCUCAUCUGCUGUGUACCCCACUCUCUUCUCUACCCCUUUGAACCAUCUUUACCCUCAUUCGUCAGGGAACAUUUAACGAGUUGAAUGUUCAACGUGUACUCACUCUAUACGGAAAUCAUAAUUCAAUUUUGUAAACAUUAGACUUUGACAAAACAAAUGAUGAUUUUCUCAAGGAAAGCAUUGAGACAGAAUGUGAAAUCGCUGCUCUCAGAUCAGCACAUGGGGGAGGCCAGCAGUCAGGAGGGGGCUCACCAAGUUUGUCUGCACUGACUCCCUCCGCGGCUGCCCUCUCCAGCUGGAAGAAGUUGUAAUCGAACCUGCUCAGGUCCUCACUGCCCCGCUCCGAAGGAAAUCCCAUGUACAGGUGAGGUCAGAGGAGUGAAGUGACUUGCCCAAGACCACACAGUGAGUCAGGAGCAGGCCUGUCCCUCCAGCAGCAGUGCCAUGUCGUCCCCGGACCAUGGUGGCAGAGGAGCCGGUGUGAACGCCCCAUCCCGCCACGUCUGUGGUGUGGGCACCUCACAUGACUGUCCCCUCCCAGCUCUUGGGGGGGACCUAGGACAUUCUGUGGGCCUGCAGGAAAGUUUACCAAAUGCUGCAGCUUUGUCCCGGUGGCGAUGGGCACCCCGUUAACGGCAACCUUGCAUUUUCUGUGUGGAGUGACCGUCACUUUACCGUUGGCAUUUGUGAAGGAAGCGUGUUUAUCUGAAAUUCUAAGAAGAGAAGAGUCAGUCUAAGACGCCCAGCCAGUGGCAGCUUUCACGAGCAGGUAGGCUGGUCUUUCUCGUCUGCACAGGAGGGAAGAUCUGCAGCUGUGGAGGACGGCAGGCGGCAUCUCGGGGCCUCCUGUGUGCUGUGGCUCACGGUGCAUGGGGAAGGCAGCAGAUGCAGACGGACCCUGCCCUUGGGGAGCACCGGGAGCUGGGAGACAGCAGGCAAGCGCUUCGUUAACAGAACGAACACCAGCUGCAGGCCCAGCGCUGCGGGGAGCCGGCCAAGGCUGUACUGGAGUCCUCACGCUCCCAGGUCAGCGGGAUGGGGUGGUGGGAAAAUGGCAGCAAGCAAGCUUCAGAAGAGACUCAGCUCAGGAGGCGACUCUUAACGAGCCUCACCUACUCCAGGUACAUUUCCAUCUGUUUCUGCGUCCUCGCCGUAUGCAUUCAGACCUUAUGUUAUCAGAUUUGGGGCUGGAUGUCAGGGGUGUCAGGUUGGCGUCCCCCCUCCCCGCCCCACUCCCUGGCACCAGAUGUCAUCAGUAUGUCCUGAACGACUGGCUCCCUGCCUUAGCAUGUUCCAUGUUCCUGCACUCCUUGGCCAUCAUGGAAUGUUCUGGAUGUGGAGACCAUGUUCAUCCAAACCCUUUUUUGCGUGGGGCCCAAGGAUCCUGUGGGAAAGGUCUCAGCCUCCUCGCUGGAGUUCAGACAUUCACGCACCUGUGCGUUAGACUAAGGACGUGUUCUGGAAAGGGACUUGAGAGGAUCCCCAGAAAGGUGUCCCAAGAAGGAGGCUGGCAGUGCAGGAUGAGGUGGGCCCACCGGCCCUGGGUCAGCACCCCCUCCCGCCACGAAGGCCCACGGGUUUCCCGACGGGGAGGGGUGAUAUGUCUGAAGGAGGUGACCCUCCAGCAGCGGCCUCCCAGGCAGGGCAGCCACAGAGCUGGGGACAUGCGGGAGGCCCGUCAUGGGGUUCCCAGGGCUCCUGCAGGGGCCUCGUGAGGGAGCCCUUGGGGUCACUCCGCAGUCUGGGCUUUCUGUAGUCCAGUGGGUGAGGGCUCCAAGCACCAGGAGAGAUCCAAGGAUGCGCUUAUGUUUGGGCCACCCCUGGUGGGCGUGUACGUUCAACCCCUUCGUUUCCUGGCCGGCUCUACUUCCAUCUGUUUGUGAAGAAUUAUUACACAGAACCUAGAAACCAGCUUUCGCUUCUCUCCCGGGGUGGAGCCCAGGAAGCAAACCAGCACUGCACCCUGGAUUUCAGCCAGCGGACGAAAGCCCUGCCCUCAGCUUUCUCAGACCAGCCCUGCAGUGGGUGGCCCCGGGAGACCUGGGAAGUGGCCCUGCUGGUCCUGCAGACUGUGUGGCUUUGCACCUGUCUAGAUGGAGAGGUCACAGUUCUCUCAUGCUGGACGAGGACACUGAUGCAUGGAAACUCACCCCAAACCUUGAAUCGUGAUGGCAUUUGAGGCAGCCCGACCAGCGUCACAUGAACCUGAAAAGAACAGGAUAUAAUUUAUUUUUAAAAUAAAUCAGACACUUGCAGAA